GCAAAAUCAGCCUUGCGACACUAUAUUGUAUUGGCAUUUGAGGGAUCAAUUCUUCCUUUUCGUUCCUCACGUCACUACAAUCACUACUGCAUUCAUCAUCAUCAACGUCAGUAUUGUGCCAACAUCAAACAGCGAAACGAUGUACCCACUACCGAUCGAGUUACAGAAUUCAUACCGUGAGAGCAGCAGAUAUCCGGAGAAUCUCAUACCGAGUGGAAUUGCGACGUAUAAUUCAAGACUAAGCGCUUAUAAGAAACGACUUGAUGAUGCUGAGGUUGAUCUUUGUCUGGUUCCUAGCGAAGACGAAGUUGACGAAACCUUCGAAAUUCCCAUGAUUGAUCUUCAAACUGGUGAUGGGAAAGUGCGGGACAAGAGAUACAUACAUACCCCAGCAAAACUCACUGACUGGCUCGGUGUUACGACUGUGCAAAACACAAACGAUCCUAACGCGCGUUCGCUUAGCACGCGAAAGAAGGAUCCAAAAUGCCGCUUCAUAUACCUGUACGCGGAAAACUCGCGCGACAAAUUGAAAACAACCCGUCAAAGUCUAUGUGAGAUCAUGUCCUACCACCAAGUCAUGCCCGUGUAUCUGGAUUUUAUGCUGGUCUUUGGCGGGCAAAGUGAUGCCAGGGACCUUCGUUUCAGUGGUUUUCACCAGCAGAUACGCCUUAGAAACCCUGUAAAUGGACACGCAGCUCCUGAGUUAGGUCGAAGUGGAAGGCAAUUCCAGCUCUGCUACAACCUGAAGGGUGUACAGUUCAAGAAACCUAGUGAAGAGCAUAUCAAAUUGGAUGAGUGGUCGAUCCGGGACGCCGCAAUUUACCACCAGUUCGAUGUAGAGUACGGGACCACACUCUGGAUCGUCACCAAGGGCGGAAGAGACAUAUUAGAUCGUUACCUGGAUAUGGUAGGUCCAACAGGCCGACCAGAAGACAAGGGGUUUCAGGACGCGAUUGCUUGCUUUCGGUCUACACUUGUGACCCAUUUGCUUUACUGCCAUUGGUCAACGGAGGAUUGGAGAUGGUACAUUGUAUGGCUUGAGACAGUGGUUGAGAAAGAAAGUGCCAUGGCCGUGAACGGCCUUCAUGGAGCAGGCUAUGCUCACAAGGAAUACGAACCAUGGGACAUACAGGACUUGCAACAUUGGCAGGAGGAAACCAAUACGGCAGUAAUGGCCCUAGAAGCGAAUUCUAAGAAUACGAGGUCACUGUACAGCUUCUACGAAAACCUGACCGCUCGAAAAGACUUUCCCGAUACGUUAAGAACGGCAUCCGAGGACUACCUGCAUGCGUUCUUUUCGCAGCUUCAUGAAAUCUUGGGCGACUUCGAUACGCAAAUAACUCGCGCCAAACUUCUCGCGAGCAUAAUCAGUGACAGAAAAGAACUCGUAUUGCAGCAUCUGCAAAGUCAAGCGUCAGAGAGAACAGAGCAGCUGAACAAGAACCUUGAGCGCGAAGCUGUGGUCAUGCGUAUCAUCACGAUCGUUACCUUGACCUAUCUGCCAGCUACAUUUGUAUCUACUUUAUUCAGCACUGACAUCAUUAAAUAUCAAGACCAAAAUCAAAGCAGUGCCGACUACGAAAACGGGUCUUUCUCUCAACUCGCUAUGAACCGCUGGCUCCAAGUCACUAUACCGCUGACAUUUCUGACUCUGUUUGGCGCCUGGUCAACAUUUCGCUUCUGCGACACCACCGCUGGACCGCUCACGAUUUCUGAAAGAAUGAAGCGCAUCAUACCUGGUCUGAAUUCAUCGGCGACUCCCCCCAAUACAGAUGAGUCGACUCAACACUACUCUGAUGUAGAUACCCGAAGAGAAGCGAUCAAAAACUGGGUACACUAUGUUAUGAAGCUCGUCAAAAACAUGCGCUGGCUCCGUAGUGAUCGCACUACACUGCCAUUCCAAGAGAAUGUGGCCACCAAAAUAGGAUGA